AUGAAAUCUCAGGCGCCGAAAGGGUCGGCCGGUUUCCCACACAGGGGUUACCUCGUUAUCAAAGAGGAGACACUGGGAGACGGCACCAAACAGUUGACAUAUAACCGCACCAUCAACGCCGCCGGCCGCACAAACCAGAACUGGUUGUGUUUCUCAGGAAUGGGCAGUCAGUGGACAGGAAUGGCCCGACCGUUGAUGGCUAUACCGACGUUCGCCGAGUCGCUGAACGCCUGCGCGGAAGCGCUUAAACCGUUAAACUUUGAUCUCAUGAGUCUUCUGCUCAGCGACGACAAGGAAGAGCUGAAGAAGAAUGUGACGAAUCCAUUCGUGGCCAUAACGGCGAUGCAGAUCGCGCUCUACGAUCUGCUCUGUCUUCUGGACAUUCAAUUCGAGGGCAUAAUUGGCCACUCGUUCGGUGAAGUCGCCUGUGCUUACGCUGACAAGUGUCUCACUCGGGAACAGGCAAUACUCACCUCCUAUUGGAGGGGUAAGAUUGUAGAGUCGGCCAAAUUGCCACGAGGAAUGUUGGCGGCGGUCGGCCUGUCGUGGGAGGAGACAAUCAAACGCUGUCCCGACGGAAUCGUCGCCGCGUGUCAUAACGGAUCCGAUUCGGUGACCAUAUCUGGUCUGUACGACAAUAUGCUUAAGUUUAUCGAUCAGUUGAAGUCGGAGAACGUGUUCGUGAGACCCGUAGCCGGCGGUGACUUUCCCUAUCACAGCCCGUUCAUGAAUUUGGUGGCGCCUCAGCUCUUGGCUCAACUCAAUCGCGUGAUUCCUGAACCGAAGAUGCGGUCAGAGAAAUGGGUCUCCACUUCAGUGCCCGACGAGAGACAGAACGACUUUUCGGCCAAAUUUGCUUCCGGCGAGUACUUCACCAACAACUUGAUCAGUCCGGUGCUGUUCAACGAAGGCAUGAAACAAGUGACCAAAUACGCCAACGUUAUCGAAGUGGCGCCGCAUUCGCUCUUCGAGUCCAUCUUCAAGAGGUGUUUCCAAUCGUUGAGUUAUUCCGGUCUUAUGAAGCGCUCGGAGGUCGACAAUCUCGACUACUUCCUCUCCUCUAUCGGCCAAAUGUAUUGCUUAGGCAUUAAUCCCAAUAUUGAGAACCUGUACCCGAAGGUGGAGUUCCCGGUCUCGCGCGGCACUCAGUCCUUCUCGUCGCUCAUCCAAUGGGAUCACAAACAGUCCCAUCUUCAGGCGUUUAAAGGGCUUAUGCUGCCGUCUCAGGAUAAGGCGGCCACAGGGUAUCUGAUGCUCGCGUGGCGUCGAUUCGCCGCAAUGAGGUGUCAGCCCUGGAAGAAGACACCCAUUGUUUUCGAGAACGUCAGAUUCUUUAGACCAACUCUUCUAUCGGAAGGAAAUGAAGUGAAAUUUACGGUUAAAAUACUGGACGGAACCGGAGAUUUCACGAUAUCGGAGGGCAACCAAAUCGCCGCCACUGGCAAAGUGUAUUCGCCCGAAGAGGGAAUGUUUGAAUUUCAGGACCAAUUGGAUGAAGAGGCGGACGAGGAGGAGGACGAAGACGAUCUCAAAGAGAUUCUCGGCAAUAAAGACAUCUACAAAGAGCUUAGAAUCCGUGGUUACGAUUACGGACCAAAGUUUCAGGGCUUAGUCGAGGCCAGGGGUGACGGAAAGAGAGGAAAGGCCAAAUGGACGGACCAUUGGGUCAGUUUCGUGGACUCAGUGAUGCACUUGGCUUUGAUGGCACUUCCCAUUCGCACACUAUUCAUACCGAUUGGCUUUCAGCGCAUUGUCUGCGACCCAAACAUACUGUUCGCGGCCAUAGAACAGGCGAAGAAGAUGGAGGACAAGGAACAGCUCAUCGAAGAGACCAAAGACUUCUUCUACUUCAACGAAAGUACGCGCAAGAAAUACGACGACAAGAAAUUGGGACAAAACUCGGAGACCGACGAGUUUAGUACCGGAGAUAUGAUGGUCAAUGACUUCGGCCCUAAUCUCGAUCAGAACGAUAGGAGGGACACAAGUAAAGUGAUUUCGGAUAACAUUAAGGCCACACUGAAGGUCGGCGAAGAGGCCAUGGCCUCCGAGUUCUUGGGUAUCUCUAACUUAGGGCUCGAGAAGAAUCCCGACGACGAGGGAAAGGUGUCCAUAGUUCCCGUCGGCUUUGAUCUCGACUACAGAUCCAUUUACACCAAAGGUCUUGAGAUCAAGGGUUUCCUACCGGUGAACGUUCCGCGACGGCCCGGACAACAGGGACUCAUACUCGAGAAGUACGAGUUUGUGGCCAACAAUGAGGACAAUGCGGUCGAAACGGCCGAUAAGAAGAGUUUGGUUGAAUACAUACAGGUUUGCUGUGCUUUAGGCCAACGUAUGGCCGAAAUGAGUCCCAAAGUGAACAAACUUAAGAUGAAUGGCUAUAAAUACGCCGACGAAGAAGUGGUCCAGAAGUACGUCGACCGCAAAGAGAACUCACAAGAGGCGGGUAAUCACGUGCUGUUGCGAGUGAUCAACGAGUUGUCGGCGCUGAAGAUCGACGACAACAGUAACAUAAUUGUGGGCAAAGACGACAAACAGCAGGUGAUUGAGUUGGCCGUAGCCCUCAAACAGAUCUUCGGCCGCCCGGAGAACGACAUUACUCUCGAUUACAUCAAUUCGAUGGCCGGCAACGAGCGGCUGAUCCGACCGUCGCUCGAUUUAGUGCUCGAGAACUGCAUCGACAAGAGUCUGAAGGUUCUGGAGAUCAGUCCCAACAACAAUCUGUUGGCGCCAACUAUUAUCAACACAAUGAGACACUCGUCCAUAUCUACGAUGAACUUCGACUACACGGUAGCGAAUCCGAUGCCGUCGACACUUCCCGACGAUCUGAAGAAUUUGGGCCUCAAAAUGCUUGAAUGGGAUCUUCAAAACUCCAAUAACUUUAUCAAAGAGGUGUCGUCUGUGGAUCUGUUAGUGUUUAAGACAAACAAUUUUGUCGCCAAACACUGGAAUCUUAAAGAUCAGAUCAAAUCGUUCAAAGACUCGGUUAAGGAUAACGGCUUCCUUCUGGUGACAUACAGACAUGUGUUGACUCCUCCAGAGAUCGCAACUCUGGAACUAUUGGAUCGACAGCCAAAAGACGAGAUCCUUAACAAAUCAGAGGCAGAAAACUACAUAUCAAUUGCGGAGAAGAAUGGCUUUAAAUUGGUUUCACAGAAAACUGAUUCAAUCACUUCCUCUCAGCUAUUGUUCCGUAAAUUAAGGCAACAAAUGAAAGACAUAGAAGUGAUACACAUAUUGGACGAGAAGUACGACCAAUGGGUGGAAGCGAUCAAAGAGAUAAUGGCCGACAACAAGGACGCGGAUACGGCCCGCAAUAUAUGGCUGGUGGGCAACGACACGGCGCUCAACGGUAUCGUCGGUCUCGCCAAUUGUCUUCGGCUCGAGUCCGGCGGUCAACACAUCCGCUGUCUAUUCGAUUGCGACAAUAAACUGCCGAAAGCCGUAAACUUCGAGCGGUCGCCGUUCGCGGCCAUCAGACAACUCGAUUUGUGCACUAAUAUCUACCGCAACGGACAGUGGGGUUCAUUGAGACACAUAUGUCUGCCCAAAGAACAGGAGACCAUUGCCACCGAACACCGCAUGGAGUUACACCAGUGCUCCCCACUGUACUCGAGAGAAGCCACCAAGCUGCGAGUGGUGUUCAUGAAGUUGUUUUACGGACUCUUACUCUCCUUAGGUUUCCUUUGGAAUACACUACAGAUGAAUUCGGCUCUUAAUUUCAAAGAUGUGGUGUUAGUGUCGGGAAAGAUACAGCCGGGACCGGAGUCGGCCCUAUUCGACUGUAUCAUAGGCUUGGAGUUCGCCGGCCGUCGAUCCGACACCGGGAAACGGGUGAUGGGAAUGGUUCCGUUCAAAGGCAUCGCCACCACUCUCUUGACACACAAAGACUAUCUCUGGGAAGUGCCCGACAAGUGGUCUGACCUCCUGCGCCGGUGGCAAGGGCAGCACAUAUAG